UUAUUUUCCUUCAAAUUCACUCUCUCGUUCAAAGUCUUUUUCCUCAUUUUCCCUCCCUCCCUCCCUCCUCUCCCUCUCUCUCUCUCUCUCUCUUCUACUUUUUUCUCGCUUCUUCAAAGAGAAGAGCCUUAGCACUCCCUUUUCUCAUAUUCUCUCCUCUCAAUCUUUCUCAUAGUUUCUAAGUUUGAUUUGUUCUGAUUCCUGAAUCCAAUCUCCCUUCUUUUUCUCCUCUUUGAUUCUCCCUAUUUUGGGCAUUUUUUCCCUCAGGAAAAGAGUGUCUCCUUUGGCAAUAUUUUCUUUUUCAAUCUGCUUCUCCUUGUCUCUGUUCAUUUCCACUGCCAGAAUUUGAUUUCCUCAUUUGGUUUGUUCUGUUUCCCCCAAAUCUCCUGCUUUGAUUUCUCUCUUCGUUUUUCUCCGUGAUUCUCUCUGUUUUGGACUUUUUUCUUCCUAAAGAAAGGACUAUUCCCUUGGUACCUUUUUUCCCCUUUCACUCUGUUUCUCCUCUGUUUUAGUCGAUUCCCACCGCGAGGAGACCAUUUCCUCACUUGGGUUUACUCUAUUUUCCCUAAAAGUUCCCUGCUUUGAUCUAGUUAGAAAUGGGUUUUUCCAAGAAGGCACAAGUUGAUGGAGGGUUAGACUCCGACGGGAAGAAGUGGGUAAUCGCUAGUAUUUCCAUGAGGACUUCGUUGAAGCCAAUAAACACAAAACCAAGAGCAAAAGACACUGAAGAAGAUGAAGAGGAAGCCUGCUCAACAACACCAACAGCGAAGGAAACCAGGAUACCAGAAAAAUUGCCAUGCCCACCGGCACCAAGGAAGCGACGACCUGCUUUGAGGUGUCAUUUUAAUGGCUCUAGGGAGUUCUUUACCCCUCCUGAUUUGGAGACAGUAUUCAAACGCCAUGUUGAGAAAGCAAAUUGAUCUUGUCCAAGAGAGAGAAUGAAAAGUUUGAGCUUUAGAUUUUGUGCUUUUUGCUUCUUUCUUGAUUUGUUUUUCUUUUUUCCCUGUGCUGUUUGUUUAGUUUAGUAUUAGGCUCUCUUCUCUGUUAAAGGUUCAGCGAAGAGAAGAUGUUCAUGUACAAAGAUAUCGCACCCACUUAAUGGGUAAACUCUAGUUUAGUCUUAGUUUAUGUUCUAGCUAAUGAGAAAUUUCUCGGUGGCGAGAAAAUUUUUCUUUUAUUUUUCA